UAUACAAGACGCAGAUCAAGACGUUGUUCAAUUAGCACGAGUAGGCUAAAUCUUGGAAAAUUUGGUUUGGUUUCCAAGACAUCAGGAACUUUUCGUGAAAUACGUACAGAAAACCAUUUAGCUAAAAUGCAGAGGGAGGAGAAACCCAGCCUGCUGCUCCCCUUCCACACUGAGCUCAAACAAGAGAGACUGGAUUCUGAUUAUGAAAGUGGAUCUCAGGGGGCAUUGGUGGAUUCAGAGAUGACAUCAGUGAAGCUGGAAGACGAAAGUCAAACGCUCAGAAUGAAUGUUACCAUUAAAGAUGAAGAGGAGGAGAAGAAUGUGGUUAUCAUUAAAAAUGGAGAUGUGGAUUUACUUAAUCAAGAUGGGAUUCCUGAAGUGGAGACACAUGGAGGGAAACAACAGGAAGACUACAAUGAAAAGUGGGGAUACCACUGUCCCCACUGUGAAAAGCAUUUCUCAUCUCUGUCACUGUUAAAAAGACACGUUAACAUACAUACUGGAGAGAAGCCUUACUCCUGUUCUGACUGUGGGAAGUGUUUUGUUACAUCAUCUGCUCUUACUAAACAUCAGAGGGUGCACACAGGUGAAAAGCCUUCCACCUGUUCUGACUGUGGGAAGUGUUGUAUUACAUCAUCUGAACUUAGUACACACCAGAGAGUGCACACAGGUGAGAAACCCUACUCCUGUUCUGACUGUGGUAAGAGUUUCUUUCACUUAGGUAACUUUAAAGCUCACCAGCGCAUACAUACUGGAGAGAAGCCUUACUCCUGUUCAGACUGUGGGAAGUGUUUCAUUACAUCAUCUAAACUUACUAGUCAUAAGAGAGUGCACACAGGUGAGAAGCCUUACUCCUGUUCUGAUUGUGGGAAGAGUUUCUCUCACUUGGGUAACUUUAAAGCUCACCAGCAUAAACAUACUGGAGAGAAGCCUUACUCCUGUUCAGACUGUGGGAGGUGUUUCAUUAGAUCAUCUGAACUUACUUCACACCAGAGAGUGCACACAGGUGAGAAACCUUACCCGUGUUCUGACUGUGGGAAGAGUUUUUCUCAAUUAGGUAGCCUUAAGUCUCACCAGCGCAUACAUACUGGAGAGAAGCCUUACUCCUGUUUUGACUGUGGGAAGUGUUUCAUUAGAUCAUCUGCACUUACUAGACAUCAAAGAGUGCACAUAAGUGAGAAGCCUUAUUCUUGUUCUGAAUGUGGGAAGUGUUUCAUUAUAUCAUCUGAUCUUACCAAACAUCAGAGUGUGCACACAGGUGAGAAGCCUUACGUCUGUUCUGAGUAUGGAAAUAGUUUCACUCGCUUAGGCAGCCUUAAAGCUCAUCAGCGUAUACAUACUGGAGAGAAACCUUACUCGUGUUUUGAAUGUGGGAAGUGUUUCAAUAGGUCAUAUAAACUUGUUAUUCAUCAGAGAGUGCACACAGGGGAGAUGCCUUACUCCUGUUCUAACUGUAGAAAGUAUUUUAUUUCUUCAUCUGCACUUACUAGUCAAAAAAGACUGCACACAGGUGGGAAGCCUUACUCCUGUUCUGACUGUGGGAAGUGUUUCAUUAGAUCAUCUGAUCUUACUAGUCAUUAAAGACUGCACACAGGUGAGAAGCCUUACUUUUGUUCUGAGUGUGGAAAGAGUUUCUCUCAUUUAAAUAGCCUUAAAAUUCACCAGCGUUUACAUACUGGAGAGAAGCCUUACUCAUGUUCAGACUGUGGGAAAUGUUUCAUUAGAUCAUCUGAUCUUACUAGUCAUAAAAGACUACACACAGGUGAGAAGCCUUACUCCUGUUCUAGCUGCGGGAAGUGUUUUUCUUCUUCAUCUGGACAUACUAAACAUCUAAGAAUGCACACAGGUGAGAAGCCAUUCUCCUGUUCUGACUGUGGGAAGUGUUUCAAAUGGGUAGCCUUAAAGCUCACCAGCGCACACACACAGGAGAGAAGCUUUAUUCCUGUUCUGACUGUGGGAAGAGUUUCUCUGUAUUAGGUAACCUUAAUGUUCACCAGCACAUACACACUGUACAAUAGCAUUGAACAUUUCACACUGGAGAUUAAUAGUGAACAUUGGACAAGCUUGUCAGAGUAGAAAAGCUAAUGUUUUGCAACAUCAAGUAGUUUAACUGUCUUUUGUGGAAAUUACCACAAUUGAAGUUGUCUCAAUGCCCAAAGUAAGAAGUCUGAAUGCCCAGGGAACUGCCCCUCCCAUCCCCAGCUCACUAAAUGUCCAUUGUAAAUGAUCCUUAUAAGAUGGAUACAAGGAUAUACUCAGGUCAAACCAUGAUCUAUUCAAAAAAUUAACAGACCCCUAUGAUCUGUUUAUUACAUGCUUAUUGAACCUUUUUUAUUAGGGGUUGCUCAUGGGGAUUGGCUAAAGAUUUUCCUUUCAAAUAUAUAAGCUAAUAUUAUUUGAGAUUUUCUUUAGCACUUCAGUAUUUAUCGUGAUUCAGUUGUGAUAUUUUGAUGAAUCGUGAUGUAUUGAAUCGCAACCUGUAUCGUGAUAUAUCGUAACACAAGGUACUUGCCAAUACCCACCCCUAUUUCAACAUCUGAUAUGUUUAUAUAUAUUUUGAUAUGUUGUCUUUGUACUAUUUUCAAUGAAAUAUAGAGAAAUAGUUUGCACAUCAUAGCAUUCUGUUUAUAUUUGCAUUUAUUUGCAACAAGGUUGUAGUUCAUUUGGUAAAUUUAACACUGAAUUUAAAGGAAUGUCAUUCUAAAAAUAACACACAGGAACUGAAGUGUUCACAUAUUUCCUUGAGAUUAGGUUUUUGGGACAUUGAGGAAUGUCUGGUAGAGUUUCUUGGUUGACAGAAGCUACAGUAGGAGAGAAACAAAUAGAAAUACAAACACAUAUUAAGGAUUACUCUAUUUACAGCAUCGUGAGGACCAUUCUCAAUGUACGUGUGAGAGACAGUAGUAGAUAUAAUUUAAUCUCUGAUUGAUAUGUGAUGAAAGGUUGACAAGUGGCCACCAAUACUUAACAAAUAACCUGAAAAGGAACCAGGCAAGCCUAGUUCAGCUGGCCCGCAAUUAGAAGGGGUGAAUGUUGUUGUCCUGGGCUGAUUUCGACAAACUGUUUUCUAUGUGACUGUGUCUUUAACCAUUACGCUAUUUAAACAGUGGGAAUGCAACUUUUACCUCAGCUAUUACAUUUUUGCUGUUAUAACGUGGACAAUAAAACGUUUAUUAACAGACCUAAAGUGUACUUUUGUACAAAGAUUACUGUAGAUGGCUAGCUAAUAGCUAUACAGUACCUACUAUGAAAACAUUGACUUCAGUCAAUCCAUGGCUGGUUUGUUUCUUUAGAAAACAAUAAAAAUAUUAAAAGGUCACAUAAUACAAUUAACAUAAAAUGCCUCUGAUCCACUCUCUGAAGGAAAUGCUAGAUACCAUUAACAAGAUAUGUUAAUAGUGUCGUAAGUAAGAGGGGAACAAGACAUGCAUGGACAAUUUAAAUCAAGAGGUCUUUGUAAAAUGCAGGUGGGCAAGCUGCAUUUUGGUAAAACCUUGGGUGAAGAGCGAAAAUGAUAAGACUAAUAAACCAAACUGGUUUAGACCAGAUUAACAUGUAUUGAUAAAAUGUCAGUUAUUUUGAGAGAUGUUGUUACACUUCAGAUUUUCUGAACUGCUCUUCAGACAGACUGAUCUUGUGUUAGUAUCUUUCAGUUUCUAUUUGCAAAUAUUAUAUACACUGAACAAAAUUAUAAACGCAACACUU